GGCGGGGAGCCGGGCUGCGGGGGUCCGAGCCAGGCCAGGCGCCGGCAUGACCCGCCUCGCCAGCAAGAGCAGGCCGGGCUUCCUCCUCCCUUGGCGGGGGGGGGGGGGGAGGGGGGCUCCUGGCUGGGGGGAAGGGGGAUAAGGUGGUCCUGAUUCUCCCUGUGCCACAGCCACAAAGCCGAUCCUGGCCUCCUGCGGAGGAGCCUGAGCGCCUUCCCGCAGAACUGACGCGACCCCUCCCCAGGUACCUGGGCCUCGGCCUGGUCUAGCGAGUCCCCUUCCACCCAAGGAGCAGCCAGCGGAGCUCGGGUGGAGGAAAGCGAGGAGGCGACCCGGAGGAUGCCGCCGCCGCCGCCGCUGCAGGGCCCAGGGCUUCUGUAGGGCACAAGGCCUCCCUCACCAGGGUAAGGGGCUGGCGAUCAACCUGGACGCCUAGGACCCUGGGAGCAAGCAUGCCGCAACCGAGCAGGCGACGGCGCGGCCACCGCCUGGAGAGGAGCCGGGGCCCAGGGCGGCGUGCGGGGCGGUGGCAGCCGGCUUGGCCUAUCUGAAACCCCUGGCCUGGAAGCGGCUGCUUUAGGCGUCAAGUUGAGCCGGGUAUGUGUGUCCUCUUGGGGAAAAGGAAACCCGCCCAGGCCAGGAGGAGUCGCGAGUGGUGGGGAGAGUCAAAAAAGAGGAGAUGCGCCGGGAGAUUACCCCCGCCCCCGCACUCCGCCCCCAGCCCGGCCCCGGCCUCCACUUCGAGGGAUCCUGAGCCUCCCACAGCCACUACCACCUUUUCCCCGGUUGAGAAAACCCCUGAUUGUAGCGAGAUAAAAAUUGGGUGGGGGAACAGGUGGAUGCCGCCGGAGAAAAAGGGACGGAGGCAGCCCAGCCGGCGGCCCUGGGUCUCCAGGCGCCAGCAGUCCAGCAGCGACGGACACCCGGCGGACCUCAGCCGGGACGCCUCGGGCAGCUGCUUCUUGCUCGCUGCCGCACCCACCUCUGCACCCCAACUCCGGUCAGCCCAGCAGCCAAAGCAAAAAGGAGAUUCCUCAGUUUGCUCCCUUGGAGGCUGCAAAGCCUCUCUCUGGUUAUUCCAACCAUUAAGGAAAAAAGAGAACACAAACUGCUGUAACCCCCAGAAGAGGAGUUCUCAGCCACCUGGCUCCCACGCACCUGCCGGUUCCCCAGGCACUCUGUGUGUCCGGGGCAGCUGGAAACCCUAACAGAAAACCCCUACCGAAGAAUGCUCACGAGUUCCCACUCCCAUCCCUUCUCUGCACCCCUGACUGUCCCCACCUCCUUUAUCUUUUGCAAGAAGGCAGGUUGCAAAUGUCAAAUAAAGAAAA